CUCCUGAGCUCCGUUUCGGGAGCGGAGAACAUAGUAACAAGCACAAUAAAGUAGGGAAAGAGGGAAAGAAAGCCUCUCCAUCGUUUCGCAUGUAGACCGCAAAUAUAGGAAUAUUUAUCCACCCCAGAGGAAGAGUUGUACCCCUGGAUCUGAGGGGUGUAACGUCCGCAACACUUCCGCAAUGGAUAGAGUUUUAACUUGUUUCUUUGCUGCAGUCAGUUUUCUGAUUUCAGUCAGGGGACAAGUAUUUAAAGGCGCCUGCAACUUUGAGAAGCCCUACACGUCCUGCGGAUACAUCCAAGGCAAAGAUGAUGACCUGGACUGGGAGCAGGUCAACACCAAAGAGAAACCAUCUUUGGACCCACUGAUGCCUGCAGGUGCGGCCUUCAUGAUGGUGAACAGCACAGGUCGUUUUGCAGGCCAGAAGGCACAGCUCUUCAUGCCCCAGCUGAAGGAGAACGACACACACUGUGUCUUGCUUCAGUACUACGUGUCGGGCCUGGAUGCCACCAGCCCCGGGCAGCUCAGCAUCUACGUGAAGGAGAACAGCAGCCCACUGGGGAUCCCGGUAUGGAACACCUCCGUGCCCACGGCGCCUGGCUGGAGCCCGCUCGAGCUGGCCAUCAGCAUCUUCUGGCCAAACUUUUACCAGAUUGUGUUCGAAGUCGUGACCUCAGGACAGCGGGGACUGCUGGCGAUUAAGGACAUCCGCCUCCAGGGACACCAGUGCAUGAAAACGCCACACUUCCUGCACAUCAAGGGUGUGGAGGUGAACGCCAGGCAGACAGCCACCUUCCAGUGCACCUUCAGCGGGCGGCCUGUGGACAUCUACAGCAUCUGGCUGCAGGGCAUCGGAGGACGGGAGGCCCCGCGCAGAUCCACGCGACCUGUGAACGACAGACGGUUCAUUGCAACCUUCGACGUGGAGAACACCACCAAGGGUGACUCGGGACGAUACCGCUGCAUAGUCCAUUCUGACAAAGGAGUUGGGGUGUCCACGUAUGCGGACCUAACCGUUAAACAACCCCCAGUGCCCAUCGCACCCCCCCAACUGACAGGGGUUGGCGCCACCUACCUGUGGAUCCAGCUGAACGCCAACUCUAUCAACGGGGACGGCCCUAUUAUCGAGCGGGAGGUGGAGUACCGCACCGUGUCCGGAAGUCUCAUUGACAACCAGCCCGUUGACAAGACCACACACAAGAUCGGUCACCUUGACCCCGACACCGAGUACGAGAUCAGCGUCCUGCUGACACGGCCCCUGGAUGGGGGCACUGGAGCCCCGGGACCGCCGCUUCGUGCAAAAACCAAGUGUGCUGACCCCAUGCACGGGCCCAGGAACCUGGAGGUGGUGGACAUCAACUCCAGGCAGAUCACCGUGCGCUGGGAGCCCUUCGGCUACAACGUCACACGUUGCCACAGCUACAACCUAACUGUGCAGUACCGCUACCGGGCCGGCGGCAAGGAGGAGACACGCGAGGAGGUGUGCCACGACACAACCGGCAUCGCGCCACAGCAUGUCAUCCGGAACCUUCCUCCCUACACCAAUGUCAGUGUCCGACUGGUGCUUCGCAAUCCCGAGGGCGUCCAAGAGAGCCAGGAGGUGGAUGUGCUGACUGAUGAAGAUGUGCCAGGUGCUGUUCCAGUGGAGUCCAUUCAGGGAAGCACCUAUGAGGAAAAGAUUGCCCUUAAAUGGAGGGAGCCGGCCCAGACAUACGGCAUAAUUACACUGUAUGAGAUUUCAUACAAGGCCGUUAGCUCUUUUGACCCUGAGUUUGACCUGUCAAACCAGAGCGGGAAGGUUUUCAAGCACAGCAACGAGACCUCGCACCUAUUCGUGGGGCUCUACCCUGGCUCUACAUACUCCUUCACGAUCAGGGCGAGCACCGUCAAAGGUUUCGGCCCGCCUGCCAUCACACAGUUCACCACCAAGAUCUCAGCGCCCCACAUGCCCGGGUAUGACCACGAGACACCUCUCAACCAGACUGACAGCACAGUGACAGUCAUGCUGAAGCCGGCACAGAGCCGCGGGGCGCCUGUCAGUGUGUACCAGGUGGUGGUAGAAGAAGAGCGUCCCCGUCGGGCCAGGGGCACGGCAGAAAUCCUGCGCUGCUACCCCGUGCCCAUCCACUUCCAGAAUGCUACCCUGCUCAACUCACCUUACUACUUCACUGCGGAGUUCCCCGCCACCGGCAUUCAGACCCCCCAGCGCUUCAGCAUCGGUGACAACAGGACAUACAGUGGCUACUGGAACACGCCCUUGCUGCCCCACAAGAGCUACAGCAUCUACUACCAGGCCGUCAGCACCGCCAACUGGGAGACAAAAAUCGAUUGCGUGCGAGUCGCCACCAAAGCUGCCAUAAUCGCGACUCAGCUCACCACACCCUACAUACGCAUCGCCCCGGCAGCCGGCGACAACCAGCUCACAGGAGCGGCCACCCGGAAGCCUGAUGCCGUCGAACCCGAGAAGCAGACGGACCACACAGUCAAGGUAGCUGGGGUCAUCGCUGGCACCCUGCUCUUCGUCAUCAUUUUUCUUGGCGUGGUGCUGGUAAUGAAGAAAAGAAGAACCUAUCACUCCUACACUUACUACCUGAAACUGGCGAAGAAGCGGAAAGAGACGCUGAACAACACACGGCAGGAGAUGACGGUGAUGGUGAACUCCAUGGACAAGAGCUACACGGAGCAGGGCACCAACUGCGACGAGGCCAUCUCCUUCAUGGACACGCACAACCUCAACGGCAGAUCUAUCUCGUCGCCCUCAUCGUUCACCAUGAAGACUAACACGCUCAGCACCUCCGUUCCCACCUCCUACUACCCAGACCCCUUUGUGCCAACCGCGAUAUUAGACGAGAGCCAUGCCGCGGCAAGCGACACCGGCAGCCUGGUGCAGUCCCACGGGCACACGUACAAGACGCGGGAAUCAGCGGAGGUGCCGUACCAGACCGGGCAGCUGCACCCCGCCAUCCGCGUGGCCGACCUGCUGCAGCACAUCACGCAGAUGAAGUGCUCCGAGGGCUACGGUUUCAAGGAGGAGUACGAGAGCUUCUUCGAAGGACAGUCGGCACCAUGGGAUUCAGCAAAGAAGGACGAGAACCGGAUGAAGAACCGAUACGGGAACAUCAUUGCAUACGACCAUUCCCGAGUCAGGCUCCAGGCCCUCGAAGGAGAGCAGAACUCGGAUUACAUCAAUGCAAAUUAUGUUGACGGUUACCACAGACCAAACCACUACAUCGCUACGCAAGGCCCCAUGCAGGAGACCGUCUAUGACUUCUGGAGGAUGGUGUGGCAGGAGAACACAGCGAUCAUCGUCAUGGUGACCAACCUGGUGGAAGUUGGAAGGGUGAAGUGCUGUAAGUACUGGCCUGACGACACUGAGAUCUACAGGGACAUGAAGGUGACGCUCAUCGAGACCCAGCUUCUGUCCGAGUAUGUUAUCCGGACCUUUGCCGUGGAAAAGAGAGGAGCCCACGAGAUCAGAGAGAUCCGGCAGUUCCACUUCACCGGCUGGCCGGACCAUGGCGUCCCGUAUCAUGCCACGGGGCUGCUCGGCUUCGUCCGUCGGGUAAAAUCGAAGUGCCCCGCCAACGCCGGGCCCAUGGUGGUCCACUGCAGUGCUGGUGCCGGACGCACAGGCUGCUUCAUCGUGAUCGACAUCAUGCUGGACAUGGCGGAAAGGGAGGGCGUGGUGGACAUCUACAACUGCGUCCGGGAGUUGCGUUCCAGAAGAGUCAAUAUGGUCCAGACAGAGGAGCAGUACGUCUUCAUCCAUGACGCCAUCCUGGAGGCCUGCCUCUGCGGAGACACCACCAUCCCUGCCUCUCAGCUCCGCUCCGUCUACUACGACAUGAAUCGCCUGGACCCCCAGACCAACUCCAGCCAGAUGAAGGAGGAGUUCAGGACUCUGAACAUGGUGACCCCCACGCUGCGGGUGGAGGACUGCAGUAUCGCCCUGCUCCCGCGCAACCACGAGAAGAACCGCUGCAUGGACGUGCUGCCGCCCGACCGCUGCCUGCCCUUCCUCAUCACCAUCGACGGCGAAAGCAGCAACUACAUCAACGCCGCGCUUAUGGAUAGCUACAAGCAGCCAUCGGCGUUCAUAGUCACCCAGCACCCACUGCCAAACACGGUGAAGGACUUCUGGAGGCUGGUGCUCGACUACCACUGUACUUCCAUCGUGAUGCUCAACGAUGUGGAUCCAGCCCAGCUCUGUCCCCAGUACUGGCCAGAGAAUGGGGUCCACAGACACGGACCCAUCCAGGUGGAGUUUGCGUCCGCCGACCUGGAGGAGGACAUCAUCAGCAGGAUAUUCCGGAUUUACAACGCGGCGCGGCCCCAGGACGGCUACCGCAUGGUGCAGCAGUUCCAGUUCCUGGGCUGGCCCAUGUACCGCGAUACACCGGUCUCCAAGCGCUCCUUCCUCAAGCUCAUCCGGCAGGUGGAGAAGUGGCAGGAGGAGUAUGACGGCGGAGAGGGCCGCACCGUGGUGCACUGCCUGAAUGGAGGGGGUCGCAGUGGGACCUUCUGUGCCAUCAGCAUCGUAUGCGAGAUGCUGCGUCACCAGCGCGCUGUGGACGUCUUCCACGCCGUCAAAACCCUGAGAAACAACAAGCCCAACAUGGUGGACCUGCUGGAUCAGUACAAGUUCUGCUAUGAAGUUGCACUGGAAUACUUGAGUUCCGGAUAAGUCAACCCGGAUUGGCGCCAUCUUGCCUGGCCCCACCUAGCUGGACUGGGACUCCAUGUCUGGAAUUUACGUCGAGACGGCGAGUCUGUCGCUCUGAGCGGCGGCAUCCGGGCCCGUCGAAGUGUCACGAUUCGGCAGGACUGGGUGUUGGCGCCGCCCCCCUGGCCAAACCCCCCUCCCUCCCCCCCUUGCUCUGCGUGUACAGCGAGAACUGCAGCACCCAUAGCUGCCCCCACAGUCACAUGUCCAUCUGCAUUAGCUAGCAGGACGGCCACAGGAGCAUGCCGUCAUACUCACCGCUCACAUCUCCCAGUCUCACUUUUCCCGGCUCUGGCCUUACCAGUUCUCCGCCUCUAUCCUCGCUGGAAGUGUCAUUUCUGCUUUUUUGUGGGGAAUGCAAUUUACGUAACGUCGAUAUGUUUCUUUCCGAUUUCCUUAUUCUAGUUUUCUUUGUCGAAGCACAGCGGUAUGUCGCGUAUAGCCGAAGCCGACCCCUGACCCCCAACAUCCUGAAUGUUAAGUUGUCGUUGCUGCUUCCGACAUCAUUGUGUUGAAGGAGGAAAAACCAACACGAUAAAACUCGCCAGCUUGCAUCACAUCCAGUCGAAUGAUCGUCAUUGUCACAUUGUUUAUAUUGUAAAUAUCUGAAAUCCUGCGGAUUAUUUAUUCAUUCAGAGUUUUUGUGAAGCGCACUCAAUGACAAUCAUUUUCUUUUUGUUUUGUUUUUUUUUUGUCAGACUCUGUAUGAUGUUGAACUGAUGAUUGUUAGCUUUUGUUUAUCUUGUAUUGGAAAAAAAACAACUUCAAUUUACAAAUACAUACGUAUAUCUGCCAAUGUC